GUUUUAGGGGUCUGCACCACCACUACCCCACCCCUGUCCGUGGAUUCCGAGGUGGGGGUUGUAAUCUCAACCAUGGCUGAGGAUUCUGUGGAGGGGGAAGAUGAGGAGGAGGAGGAGGAGGAGGAGGAAGAGGAGGACGACCUUGCAGCGAGCACACAGCACUCCGUUAGCCCCAACAGCCAGGAGCUUUUUGUGACCCAGACGGAAUUACCCUCCCAGCCCUCCCAAGCCACUAGCCCAGACAGUGAAGCCAUAGAAGCGACCUCUGCUGCACAUUUUUCAAGCCUCCCUACUCCAUCCCAAAGGCUCUCUCAGAUAAGGUGGAGGAAAAAGAAGAUGCGAGACGAAAUGUUCUCGGAAAUCAUGGAAGUAACCCGCAAUGAAAGAGCUCAUCUGAAUGAGUGGAAGGAUGUGGUAGCAAAGUACAGGAAAGAUGCCAGUGAAUGUGAGGAUAGGAGGGACCAACGUGAGGAUAGGAGGGACGAACGUGAGGAUAGAAGAGACGCUCGAGAUGAGAGGUGGCGGCAGGAAGAUCUGAGGUGUAGGCAGGAAGAUCAGCGGUGGCGGGAUGCAAUGCUGGAGCUGCUGCAUGAUCAAACUGAUAUCCUCCGAUGUCUGGUGGAUCUUCAGGAAGAGCAGCGGGGUCACAGAGUGCCGCUGCAGCCCCUGUGUAACCACCCUCACCACUCACCAUGUUCCAUAUCUUCCUCACCCAGACGUGUAAGAACGCGUGGGGGAAGGCUUCGUGCACCUGCCCACUCCACUCCCGUGGACAGUCCAACCAAAAGGCUGUCAUUACAUUGAAAUGUGUUUAAUGGCCUUUUCCUUCCCUCCUAUCCUCCUCCCAAACCACACCCGGGAUACCUUGUCAGUUCUCUGCCUCUUUUUAUAAUUACUUUUUAAUAAUGAAUACAUGAUUUUUAAACGAUA